UUUUAAAACCGCCUUAAGCUGAUCAGACAGUUUGCACAAAUGCUGAGAUCAUGGCUUUAAACCUCUCAGGAGUUUAAUUUUAACUUUUACAGUAACUUAGUCCACAAGAUGGAUCCACAUGAAGGACGGAUUUUUAGAUACAAGACGUCACAAUACACAAUAUCAUGUCAGUGGAAUCUCACAAGAUGUUUGCUGUUCUUUACUGCGGUUACUGUGAUUGUUGUGAUGGUUAAGAAACUCAAUGUGAAGCCCACAGUGAAACCCAAUGAGAAAUGUUAUCCUCAUGUAGCAGUGGCUGCAGAUGCUGGGAGAUGCUCUGAGGUUGGCAGGGACAUCUUGAAGGAGAAGAAUGGUUCAGCAGUCGAUGCAGCUAUCGCUACUCUGUUGUGUGUCGGUCUGUUUAAUCCUCACAGUAUGGGAAUAGGAGGAGGAGUGGUGUUCACCAUAUACAAUGCAUCUACAGGAAGGGUGGAGGUGAUUGAUGCCAGAGAAACUGCUCCAAUGAAAGCUUCAGCAGACAUGUUUGACAAAAACCCCCAAAAAGCAGAGUCAGGUGGAUUGUCCAUUGGUGUACCAGGACUCAUCCGUGGUUUCGAGAUGGCACACAAAAGGCAUGGAAGACUAAAAUGGAGUGAACUGUUUGAGCCCAGUAUAAAGUUGGCACGCGAGGGUGUUAAAAUUGGCCGUGCCCUGGGUGAAGCCAUCAAAGAGAAUAAUGUCUCGAUUCUGAAUGACACCAUAUGGUGUGAAGUGUUUUGUAAAUCCAACAAUACUCUUUGGAAGGAAAAUGAUACAAUACAUUUUCUCAAACUAGCUGACACAUAUGAGACAAUAUCAAAACAUGGGCCAAAUGCUUUUUACAACGGAUCCCUGACCCAGAAUAUAGUGAAGGACAUCCAGGCCGCAGGAGGAAUUAUAACAUCUGAGGAUCUACAGGGAUAUAAAGCGAGAUUGAAUGAGUACGCAUUAAACUUUACCGUGAGGAAUUAUACAUUUCAUGUCCCUACUGCUCCAUUUGGUGGACCUGUGCUUGCAAUGAUACUUAAGAUAGUCAACGGUUACAACAUCUCAAGCAGCAGUAUGCGGACAAAUGAAAGUAUGAUUUUGACCUAUCAUCGGAUAAUAGAGUCUUUCCGCUUCGCUUAUGCUCAUAAGAGUAAACUGGGAGAUCCUCAGUAUGUCAAUGUCACUGAUUUCAUUCAGGAAAUGAUCUCAGACAAGUUUGCAGAUUACAUUAGAAGUAAGAUCAACGACAACACCACCAAACCUGACGACUUUUAUGAACAUGAUACCUCUCCAUCUGAUGACAAUGGGACAUCUCAUCUGUCUAUCAUAGCAGAAGAUGGCAGCGCAGUGGCCGUUACCAGCAGUAUCAAUGAUCGUUUUGGCUCCAUGGUGAUGUCAAACUUAACAGGCAUCAUCUUUAAUGACCAGAUGAGUGAUUUCAGCUUUAACAAGACAGGAAAGAAAAUUAAUCAGAACAACUUAAUUGAACCAGGUAAAAGACCACUUUCAUCAAUGUGUCCAACAAUAAUUAUGGACAACUCAAAUCCUAAACACAAACGAGUGAAAAUGCUGAUUGGAGCUUCAGGUGGGACAAAGAUCACAACAGCAACUGCACUGGUGAUCUUAAACUAUCUAUUCUUUGACUAUGGCCUAAAGAAAGCUGUUGAUCAACCCAGAGUUCACAAUGGAUGGGAACCUAAUGUGACGUUUGUCGAAGACAAAUUUGAUAAGUUUGUAAUUGAUGGAUUAAAGCAGAAGAAUCAUACAAUUCAGAAUAUUGGUCCAUUGGGCAAGGUCCAGGCAGCUGUACGACAGGCUGAUCAAAUCUGUGCUGAAUGUGACUACAGGAAAGGCGGCUAUCCUGCGGGAUACUGACAACUGUAGAGGAAUACUAAAUUUAGUUAUGAGCUUACAAUAUACUGUUAUACAGCACCUUAAAGUCAUGUUGUGCAUGGAUUUUUCUAAUCCCACCUAACAAAUUUGUUAUUUACAAGUAUCGGAUCCAUUCUGAAAUAUUAAUGGAAAUAAUUUACUAUUAAUUAUUGGUUAAUACAUGAACAUUUAUAUUAUUAUUAUACUUAUUGCAAUUUACUAAAUUAUAAAUACAUAUAAAAGUGAUUUGUCAGAUUGAUUUAUCAUGAAUCAUGUGACACAAGACUGGACAAGUGCAUUUUCUGGUCUAUUUGACUACCUAUUUUGUUUGGUACAUGAUAUGUUCAUGAAGUGAUGCUCAGUUAUUGCAUUUAGGCAAGUUCUUGUAUGUUCAGUCAGAUUCAUCAGGAAACAUUCCUUCUUUUGACUGGACGUCUAUCAGAAAUGCUGUUAAACAAGAGAUAACAACACAAUAGAAAUUGCAUUUGCAGUGUGAUAACUGUAAAAACAUUUUAGGCAUUAGCAUAACUACGAAAAUAAGAGCUCUAUAUUUGUCGUCUUCUUCACAUUAAAUAGCACAUGAAAAUGUGAUCUGUCAACCACUAGAGGGAGAUGUUGGCACGAAACAAUGAAAUCACAGUAAAGUGAAAGUGAAAGUAAGUUUAGUAACAUAACUUUUGGAGUAAUGUUUUGAGUUUCAUAAUCCUUAAAUCUGUUUGUCCAAUGUAAAUACUUAAGAAGUCUAAAUAUUGUUAAUAUUUUGUGUCAAUCGUAAAUGCAACCCUCUUCUACAGUCUUCACGGCAAGUAAUUUUCAGUAUUUCAGUCUACUCAUUUCAUUCCUUUCAAUGUGUAUUUGUGUAGAUAUGUAUACAUUUAAUGUUCCUAUGCCAUUACAAUAAAGCUUAUUAUUUUAUAAUGCCAGAA